AUGGUUGAUGAAAUAAUAGAAUUAUUUAAUUUAUUAAAUCAAAGAUUGAGAAAUAAAUAUCAAUUCUCUAAAGACAGGUUGUUAAGAUUGAAUGCAGAUAAAUUAAAUUAAGCCUUAGAUGAUGUGAUCAAAUAUGAUGAAACUAAAAAUGUGUUAUUAGAUGAGGUAAAGAAAUAUUCAGAUCAUUUGACCAUUGAAUUGAAUUGA